CAUGUGUAUCGUUGUCGCAUGCACCAUUCAAAAAAUAAUAAUAGAGUUUCAACAAACAGUGCUUAUGCUUCUUUGACCAUCAUGGUUCAAACAUGAUUCUGCAUCUAAACUAAUUUUGGUCUUUUUCAACAUUCAUGUCAACUUGCCUCCAUUAUUUUGCAUUUGUAUAUAUUAAGAUAACAUACUUUUGUAAUCAUCAUCAUCAUCAACAUCUCAGUCUCAAUCUCUAGGCACAUAUAUGAAUUUCAGACUAUUAGCUCCAGCAGAAGAAGAAAAGAUGGGAACUGGUGUUCAUAGCUCUUCAGAAGUGUACACAAGUGACAGUGAAAAGGGUUUUGCUGUGAAUAUCAACCCAUCAACUUCACCAGAGCUUGAUGCUGGAGCAAAAUUUGUUCUGGUAUCUAAAGGAUCAUGGCUGCACUGUGGGUAUCAUUUGACCACAUCUAUUGUGGGUCCUGUGAUUCUUACUCUUCCUUUCUCCUUCACUUUGCUGGGUUGGGUUGGAGGAGUGCUUUGGUUGACUCUUGCAGGCGUUGUCACGUUCUAUUCAUAUAACCUUCUAUCAGUGGUCUUAGAACAUCAUGCGCAGCUCGGGCGUCGCCAGUUUCGAUUCAGGGAUAUGGCUAGAGAUAUUUUAGGACCAAGAUGGGCCAAAUACUAUGUAGGACCACUUCAAUUUGUCAUAUGCUUUGGCACAGUCAUUGGCGGUCCUCUUGUGGGAGGAAAGAGCCUCAAGUUCAUUUACUCACUCUACCACCCAGAUGGAGCAAUGAAGCUUUACCAAUUUAUCAUCAUAUGUGGGGUCAUAACUAUGAUUUUGGCUCAACUUCCAUCCUUUCACUCCCUGAGGCAUGUUAACCUCGUUGGUCUGAUUCUAUCUGUGAUUUAUGCUACAUGUGUCACGGUCGGUUGUAUAUACAUUGGUCACUCAAAAGAUGCACCGCCUAGAGAUUAUUCAGUAAGAGGUUCUGUUGCAGAUCAACUCUUUGGUGUCUUCAAUGGUAUUUCAAUCAUUGCUACCAUAUAUGCUAGUGGGAUCAUUCCAGAAAUACAGGCAACUUUGGCACCUCCUGUGGAGGGAAAAAUGUUUAAAGGACUAUGUCUCUGUUAUUCUGUCAUAGCAGCUACCUAUUUCAGUAUUAGUAUCUCUGGUUAUUGGGCAUUUGGCAAUCUAGCCAAUGGAACAAUUCUUGCUAACUUCAUUGGUGAGACAAAGCUUUUGCUGCCCAAAUGGUUUUUCGUGAUGACUAAUAUGUUCAUACUUGUGCAAGUGAUGGCACUAACUGCGGUUUACUUGCAACCAACAAAUGAACUAUUCGAAGCAACUUUUGGAGAUCCAAAAAUGGGACAAUUUUCCAUGCGCAAUGUUGUGCCAAGGGUGCUCUCUCGGUCAUUAUCGGUGGCCGCAGCCACGCUCAUAGCAGCUAUGUUGCCAUUCUUUGCAGAUUUAAUGGCAUUGUUUGGAGCAUUAGCAUUCGUUCCUCUUGAUUUCAUUUUGCCCAUGGUUUUCUACAAUAUCACUUUCAAGCCCUCAAAACACAGCAUAACCUUUUGGGUGAACACAUUGAUUGCUGUAGCCUCCUCAGUUUUAGUUGUAAUAGGGGGAGUAGCAGCAAUUAGACAAAUAGUUCUUGAUGCCAAAACAUAUAGUUUAUUUUCUGAUGGAUAAAAAUUUAUAGCAAUACAAUGUGAAGCGAUUCAUUACAAUUCUAUUAGUCAUCUCAAAUCAAGCAAUCGGUUUAAUCGCCUAGACAAUGUAUGCCAAAUUUUGUAAAUGUGAAUUUUGGCUAGACAAUUUGGCCUUCCUAUGA